AUGGCCACAUCCAAUGUCACAUUCGAGCGUGUCGAGAGCCCCACAGAAAGCUUGGCGGAAGAAGCCACUCAAGUGUUCGCCGGACUCAUGGUAGCAGACCCCGCCGCGAUCGCGCUCGUCGGCGGCGACAUGAGCCUUCUCCCAUCCUUGGGCGGCGUUAUGCUCCGCGCCCUCGCUCUCACUCCCGGAAUAGCUGACCUAUUCAUCGCGCGGGACGAGACUGGCGCCCUCGUCGGCUACACCCUGUUCUCCCUCCCGGGGCAGCUCAUUCUUUCAACUCCGGAACAGCAGAAGCACGGUCUCUUUGAAUUCAUGGGCAAGCUCUCACCCGAGGGGCAGAAGUACUAUCCUGAUGUCAUGGCGAAGGAGGUCCCGAAAGCCAACGACGAGGCGCUCGGCAUCGCCGAGGCCGAACGUAACACCUAUUGGUGCAACUUCGCGAUGGUCCGCGAGGACUAUCAGGGCAAGGGUGUCGCGAAAGCGCUCUUCGAGCUCGCGACCAAAGAGGCUGCCAAGACAGGGGUUACGAUGGCGCUGACCACGACCAACAUCCGCAACGUCCCCAUCUAUGAGAAGCUCGGAUUCACGCUCUGCGGGCAUAAGGUAAUGCCAUCGCCGUGGGUCGACUGGCCGCUCUGGUUCUUCAAGAAGGAGACCGCGGUCCCGGCCACAGAAGCCGAAGCAUAG